ACGAAGCGACUGUUUCCGGUUAAAUCGUGCGCCUGCAAUCCAACAUGGCUGCGUCCAGUAGUAGAGCCGUGAGCACCCUUUUCUCAAAAUGUAACAAAAUCACCUUAAGCUCGGUUUUUUUCACACCACGCAUGAGCACACAGCUGAUUAGCAGGCAGGUCUGUGUAUCUUCUGCUUCAUGGAGGAAGAACCUGGCAGCGGCUGGGCCUGAAAAGUUCUCUGAGGAGUACAUUAAAAAACAAAUAGACGAGUUCAAUAUCGGCAAGCGGCACCUGGCCAACAUGAUGGGAGAAGACCCCGAGGCAUUCACACAGGAGGACAUAGAUAGAUGCAUAGCAUAUCUCUUUCCCUCUGGUCUCUUUGAGAAGCGAGCCCGACCGAUAAUGAAGCACCCAGAUCUCAUCUUCCCAAAGCAGGCAGCGGUGCAGUGGGGCGAGGACGGCCGCCCUUUCCACUAUCUUUUCUACACUGGGAAACAAGCCUACUACUCCCUCAUGCAUGACAUGUUUGGGAAAGUGUUGGCAAUAGAAAAACAUCAAGACAAGUUGAGAAGAAAAGGGCUUUUUACUCAAGACACCAAACAGAUCUCUCUGAGCGGUAGCCGAUGGCUGUUGAAAGAGGAGCUGGAGCAGUUACUGGUAGAGAAUAUCUCUGAACAUGACUAUGCUCGGUUCCUGCAGCUGAUGGAGAGGCUCUUGUCCAUGCCUUACUGCUCUAUGGAGGAAGAGUUUGUGCAGCAUUUCCGGAGGAAACUGGAGGUUCAGUCCAGCAAGCAGGAGAUUCCCGCACUUCAACACAAUGAGGACGGAGUGGCGUUCAGUCAGUCUGAUGGAAGGAGAAAGUCAUCCAAGGCCAGCGUCACACUCAGAGACCAGGGCUCUGGCCGUAUCACAAUUAAUGGCAGGAACUACGUGCAGUAUUUCCCCAUCCUGCUGGACAGAGAACAGCUGAUGUUUCCGCUCCAUUUUGUGGACAUGCUGGGAAGGUUUGAUGUGGAGGCCAGAGUGGAGGGUGGUGGUCGCUCGUCCCAGGCCGGCGCUCUGCGACUGGCUCUCUCACGAGCACUGCUCAGCUUUGUCUCCAAUGGAGACAUGGAAAACAUGAGGCAAGCUGGUCUGCUGACAUCUGACCCCAGAAUCAAAGAGAGGAAGAAGCCUGGCCAACCUGGAGCACGCAAGAAAUACACCUGGAAAAAACGCUAGCAGGCACUGGGGAUCCGACAUAAGAAUCUAUAACACAUUCUUUCACAAACUUAUUUAUACAUUCAACGUCUCUCAGCUUCCAUAAAAUUCAAAGUCAGUGAAUGCGUCUCUUGCAGUCUGCAUUAUUUGUAUAAAUGAAUCAUGUAUAUUGCAAUAAAAUAAAUGUUUCCAUUUAA